AUGGAGCAAAAACGCGCGCCAGAGUACGUGUUGGAGGUCAUCGCAGAUAGAUCCACGGUUAAGGACGUCGUCAAAGGUGUUGUACACGCAAUCUUCUUCCACCGCCUCUUCAACCCCCUCUAUCCAGCAACCCAUGACGUCCUCGACAUCACCCUCCCAUACGUCUCCGACCCCGACAUCGAAGCCCUGAUAGAACAACGCACAAACUCCCUCAUCCGACAACUAGACGUCGCCACCAAUCAAUCAUCCCCACAAUACGGCUCCAAAGCCUCCCGCGGCCAAGUCGUCGUGCAAUACCUAGAAAAGAAGCGUCGCAAAGGCUGGUUCGUCGCGAAAGCAGACGAGGAAACCGUCUSGGAAACAUGGGUGAUUGACAUCACCUUGACAUCUGCUAGGAGUGAGCCAGAGGCCGCGCGGAAUCGAAGGCAGAUCGAAAAUGGUUUGCAGAAAGCUGCCAUGAAGAUUUUGACUUUUGUUAAUGAGGAUCGGAAUCAUAUCCCGCCGAUUACAUCAAAUGAGACGAACCCGUUUCCUUAUCAGGUGUUGGUCAAUCCGAAGAGUGAUGGCUGGGGGACUAAGAUGGGGAUAUUCUAA